UCAUCACUUUGUCAAGAUGAGAUGAUUUGAAACUUUCAUCAACAAAUUCAAAUUGAUUUUUUUUUCAUCAUUGGCUCCGAUAUCUGUUCAUCAACUUAAUCUAAUAAUGAUGGAAUCGCAUCAUUCGGAUAGCCAACAUCAACAAACAUUAUCAGUAGAUUCGAAUGUCAUUGAUAAUGGAUUGGCUAAUCAUUUACCGAUUUGUCAAAGCUAUACAGAUAUGGAAGAAUCACUUCGUGCUCAACAUCGACAUUCACGUUUUAAACAUUCAUUAUUACAUUGGUUUUAUCGUCGUUUUAUUCAAUUACCAUCGGAUACAUCGAUUGAUCAUUAUUCAAUACGUACAAUGACAACAACCGAUUCUUCCAGUUCAUCAUCAUCGAGAAAUCCUUCUACCGAUAAUAAAAUCAAUAGAAAAAUGUUAUGGUCUUUAAAUUAUCUUGAGGCAUCAAUAUAUCUUGAAGAAGGAUUAAAUAAUGAUAAAUUUGAUCAUCAUCCACAUUUAUUUACAAAAUUACCAAUGUAUUUGAUAGCACAUAAUCGUUUCGUAUAUGCAUUGGAUCUUUUUUGCUGUUGGCUAAUAUUAUCGUUAGCAUUGACGGAAAAACCGGCCGUUGAUCAUUAUCAUCUUCCUGAAGCUAUACACGCUACACUAGAAUUAAUUGCUUUAUCCAUAUUGGCAAUAAUUUUAUUUGUUAAAUUACAAUGGAUCGGUAUGGCAAAAUUUUUCAAACAUGGCCGUACCUUAAUCAAAACUAUCGUAUUAUUAUUGAUGAUUAUCGAAGCGAUUGUCGUUCUAUUACGACAGGAUUCACAUUUUCGUGUAACACGUUCAUUGCGGCCAGUAUUUUUGAUUGAUAAUUUUCAUUUUUUCGGCGUACGACGUGUUAUUCGACAAACAUUUCAAUCAUUACGUUCAUUUAUCGAUAUGUUAGCAUUGUUAUUAUUUUUUCUAAUAUUUUUCAGCAUUUCAGCAUUCUAUCUAUUUUCUGGUAUACCAAACUAUACACAAUUCUCAACAAUUAUUCAAUCAUUUUUAUCAUUAUUCGUAUUAUUAACAACAGCAAAUUUUCCCGAUGUUAUGAUGCCAGCAUAUCAAAAAAGUCAAUUAUAUGCACUAUUUUUUAUCAUAUUUUUAGUGAUUAAUUUAUAUUUUCUACUAAACAUUAUGUUAGCCGUUGUUUAUAAUUCAUUUUCACAAAUUGAAAAAGAUAAAUUUCGUAAAUUAUUUCUACAUCGUCGUAAAGCUUGUGAUCAUGCAUUUCGUUUAUUAGUAACUAAUAAUAAUAGUAAUAAUAUUGGCUAUAUUGAAUUUGAACAUUUUAGUGGCCUAAUGAAUCAUUUGAAACCGCAUACAAAUCAAUUGGAAAGAUUUAUUAUGUAUAAAGCAUUAAUAAUGGAAGUAUUUACACCACAAGAAGAUCUUAAAACACGACAUUUACUUCAUCGUCAUGAUAAAAAAUCUACUAACAGCAAACAACCUUCUGGUUAUUAUUCAUCAAUGAAUGCUGAAGAAUAUCUAAAUCAUAUAAUCAAUGCUCAAUAUAGUCAAAAUGAUAAUAUUAAUCUAGAUAAUGAUAAUCAUCUUACAUUGGAAAAAUUCUAUCAUAUUUAUGAGAUAUUAAAUUUAAAAUGGGAAAAUCUGGAUAAAUCAUCACCAUGGUUCGAUCGGUCAUCAUCAUCAUGUUGUUUGUAUUUACGUUGGUUUCCGAAAAUUAUGUAUCGUUUACGUUCAUUAGUUAUGCAUCGAUAUUUUGAUCGACUUUCAUAUAUCAUAAUUAUAAUGGCUGCUUUAUAUCAAUUUUUGGAUGCUCUUAUCGGUUGGAAUGCUGAUCAUGUACAUAAAAUGUUUCAUUUUUCAACAUCAACACGUACAAUUUGUGCCAUAUUUAUAUCAUUGUAUACGAUUGAAAUGUUAUUGAAAUUAGCUACAUAUGGUCCGUAUGAAUAUUUUCGUUGUCGUUGGAAUCGAUUUGAUUUUUUUAUUACAAUUAUCGGUUUGACAACAUUCAUUAUGAAUGAAUAUGUUCAUAUGACCACUAUUACAUUGUCAACAUCAUUUUUUUCAUUUCGUUCAUUAAAAUUAUUGGAUCUACUUCGUCAUCAUGUUCAUCGUUAUCGUGAUAUACUUGGUCCAUUUGCAUUGAUUAUUAUCAAACGUUUUAUGUCGGUCACAAUGGUCGUAUUGAUUGUUUAUUAUUUUUUUGCAAUCAUUGCAAUGGAAUGUUUUGGCCAAUAUUCAUUGAUUGAUUGUUGUCAGAAUAGUACACUUGAACCAUAUUAUCGUUCGAAUGGUACGACAACAUCAUAUUAUUAUUUGAAUAAUUUUCAAGAUUUAAUCACCAGUUAUAUUACAUUAUUCGAAUUGAUGGUCGUCAAUAAUUGGCAGAUAACAAUGAAUGCAUAUGUAAUUGUUACCGGCAAUCGAUGGUCAUACAUAUUUUUUAUUGCAUUCUAUAUAAUAACAUUGGUUGUUAUUACUAUUGUUGUUUCAUUUGUAUUGGAUACGUUUAAUUUUCAUAUUGAAUAUAAACAUAGAUUCGGUCCGGAUGAUUCAAUGAGUGUACAAAUAUCUGUAGAAGUUCCUAUUAAUCAACAAGAAUUUGAUUAUUAUCAAUCAUUGGAUAAAUAUCUGAUUGAACAACGAUCUCAUCUAAUAUCAAUAAAUAAAUCAUCAACAUCAUCAUCAUCGUGUUGUCAUAGGCCAUCACCAAGACACUUUCCAUGUCCAAUACAACUAUUUUGUGGUUGGUGUUCCACAAUGGACAACGAAAAUUUUUCUCGUUUUGAUCAACUAAAUGAAUCAUUUAAAAUACAAAAUUCAUCAACAUCAUCAUCAUCAACACCACCACCAAUUAUUGGAAUAAAUGAAAAUAUUAAAGAAUUCGAAACGAUUGUCGAAGAAGAAACAGAUACACAACCAGUGAUAAGAAUUGGCAGACCUACAACAUCGACGACUAACAACAAACGAACAAUAAUGUUUCGUGGCCAUAAAAUUCGUGAUAAAUUUUCCUACAAUCUUCGAAUGUAUCAUGAUGAAUUACAAAAAUGGAUUAAUCAAUCAGAAUUUUCAUAAAGAGAGAAAAAAAUUAUUAUAUUUUU